CCGACAGGGGGUCGACCAGUGAGAUUCAUUUCCUCUGCUGUAAGUCCGGGCUGCAGGGCCAGCUUUACGAAAACACAGAGAUCCUUAGAUAAGAGAGCCAUUGAUGCCCGCGGGCUUUAUCCUGUCUACAUGUCAGCAGUAGAUGAGAAUGUCAGCGCAAUGCUGGCAUCAUCAGCAUCUGGGACGACGAUGAUGAUUAUCGUUCAACUGGCCUCGAGGAUUUUCACUUUCACCGCCAAUCAGUUGGUUUUGAGGAGCUUACCUCCGGCCAUAAUGGGUGUUGCGUCCCAACUGGAGCUAUACUUCAUCUCCAUAUUAUUUUUCUCCAGGGAAAGUAUCAGGAUGGCUAUACAAAGACAGCCAUUGCAACUCAAGCCCCUCACCACGUAUUCCCACAAGGACAGCACUGGUACAGCUCCCAAAAGGAGCAAUGAUGUAUCUGAAGCCCGAACCAUAGCCUCGCAGUCAGUAGUGAAUAUGUCCUACUUGAGCCUUGCCUUGGGGUUCUUGUUCGCUCUGGCAUUUGCUGCAUCUUAUGUACAGCUAGCAUCGAGAGAGGUGUCAGAGUUACCCUACUACUACGCAAGCGUGAUAAUCACAUCCAUUGCAUCCCUUAUGGAGCUCUCCACUGAGCCCUUCUUCACUGUAGUGCAGCAAUAUAUGCUACACAGACAACGUGCAGUGGUUGAAAUGAGUGCAGCCUUUGUAAAAAGCCUUACAACCUGCCUUGCCUGUGCGUGGGCUUCCAGAGCCGGCCAUAGCAUUGGCGUUCUCCCAUUCUCAAUUGGUUAUCUCUGUUAUUCUUCCACUCUCAUCUGCGGCUAUAUGCUAGCCCUGUCGGGGGUUACAGACGCGCAGAAGUUUUCUAUGCUUCCCACAAAGAUAAAGUCAAGGGACAGAUCAGAGUAUUUCAUGGGAAGGUUCUCAUGGCCGAUGAUAGGGCUAUCCACGAAUGUGUUCUUUCAAUCCGUGAUAAAACAUCUUCUCACCCAGGGUGAUUCAAUGAUGCUGGCAACAAUGACGAGUUUAGAAGACCAAGGCAUAUACGCACUAGCCUCUAAUUACGGGGGUCUCCUAGCUCGCGUCUUUUUUCAGCCCAUUGAAGAAAGCAGUCGAACGCUCUUUUCUUCACUGCUAAACUCUGGCGGGAGCGGACAUCUACGUGUGAAAAACAUCGAUGCUGCUAAAACUCAGUUGACAGAAGUUCUCCAUGCAUAUAGUCUGAUGGCUAUUGUGGGGUUCCCCCUCGGUCCAGUUCUGGCACCUCAAUUGCUACGUCUGUUAGGCGGGCGCAUCUGGGCUUCACCCAAGAUCAGCAGCCUGCUUUCACUUUAUUGCUACUAUAUACCAUUUCUAGCUUUCAACGGUAUAAGUGAAGCAUUUGUCUCAUCGGCAGCAAACUCGGCAGAACUACGCAGACAAGCGGUAUGGAUGGGGGUGUUUUCAGCAUGCUUUGCAUCUGCCGCGUACUUAUUCUUGAAAGUCGGCGCUCUCGGUGCCCACGGAAUGGUAUAUGCCAAUAUUGUCAACAUGGCAGUUCGCAUCAUCUGGAGCUUUUCCUUCAUUCGGAAAUUCAUGUCUCGACACGGAAGCGGUAUGGCUAUUGCUGAAGUUAGCCCACGGCCGCUUACCUGUAUCGCCAGUGUCACGAUGUCUAUGGUUCUUACCUCAAAGGGUCUAUAUGCUCUUGAUAUCUAUAGCACGAGAGAUGCACUGAUAUUUGGAGCUAUGUACAUUCUUCUCGUGUCUUAUCUCGAGAGAAAAUCUUUGUUCAUAUAUUACACAAAAGCCCGCGAGCUGGUGAAAUGCAAAACGUCCCGAACUCCAAAGUCUAAAGGCGAAUGAGUCAUCAUCAAUCGUCAAAAACGAUCUUGGUUGAUGUCUUAUUGGUGUCGACAUCCUUGAAAAAAGCGCCAUAUGCGUCAUGUUGCUUCUUUUUGACCGUUGCCCCGAAUUUGAGAAGAUCUUCGGGUACAUCCUGGUUAGCCGCUUUUAGAACAUUUAUUAAACUAUAACAUGUUAGUCUCGGUUUAAAAAUUGAUC